CACUUUACAACAAGCACAAGCUUAACGACUGGACCCACUUUUCAAGUCUUGAUUCCGUCAAAUCAAUCUUCCGGCUAUUACUAUCAUCAAUACUAGUUACGCUCAUUCUACCUAGUAACUGACUCUUCAAUCCAACACCGCCAUGGCGGCCAACAGAAUCAGGAGCAUGUUCCCGGUUGCCCCACGAAAGGGAGAAACCUUCGAGCUGAGGACCGGUUUGAACUCACAGUUCGCCCAUGAGAGGAAGGAUGCAAUCAGGAACACUAUCGCUGCUAUGACAUUGGGAAAAGAUGUGUCGGCUCUGUUUCCAGACAUUAUCAAAAAUAUGGCUACUGGUGAUCUCGAUCAGAAGAAGCUCGUUUACCUUUACCUAAUGAACUACGCAAAGACACAUCCAGACCUCUGCAUUCUAGCCGUUAACACAUUCGUACAGGACUCUGAGGACCCAAAUCCAUUGAUAAGAGCAUUGGCUAUCAGGACUAUGGGCUGUAUUCGUGUCGACAAAAUUGUUGACUAUAUGGAAGAGCCACUACGGAAAACGCUAAAGGACGAGAGCCCAUACGUAAGAAAAACGGCAGCUAUCUGCGUGGCAAAGCUUUUCGACCUUAACCCAUCUUUAUGUUUGGAGAACGGAUUUCUUACAACUCUCCAGGAAAUGAUUGGUGAUUCAAAUCCCAUGGUGGUCGCAAAUUCUGUGACAGCUCUUGCGGAGAUCAAUGAGGCUGCUCCAGAGACAGAAGCCCUAGCUGUUACACCUGCAAUUCUUAAGAAACUAUUGAUGGCAUUGAACGAGUGCACAGAAUGGGGUAGAAUAACCAUUCUUACCACCCUUGCUGAGUAUAAAGCGGCGGAUGUGAAGGAGGCCGAACAUAUCUGUGAAAGAGUAGUGCCACAGUUUCAGCACGUGAACCCUAGUGUGGUGCUUGCUGCUGUCAAAGUAGUGUUUCUACACAUGAAGGUGAUCAGCGCAGAGCUAUGUCGCCAGUAUCUUCGGAAAAUGGCACCGCCGCUUGUUACUCUCGUCUCUUCUCAACCAGAGGUACAAUACGUUGCUCUACGAAACAUCAAUCUCCUACUCCAAAAGCAACCAGAUAUACUUACAAAAGAAAUGCGGGUCUUCUUCUGUAAAUACAAUGAUCCACCCUACGUUAAGCUGGAGAAGCUCGAAAUCAUGAUUCGGAUUGCCAAUGAAAAGAAUGUGGACCAACUUCUCUCAGAACUAAAGGAAUAUGCACUCGAGGUAGAUAUGGACUUUGUGCGGCGGGCGGUACGAGCCAUUGGACAGUGCGCAAUCAAGAUAGACAGUGCUACAGGCAAAUGUGUUAAUGUACUGCUAGAAUUGAUUAACACCAAGGUGAACUAUGUUGUCCAAGAGGCAAUUGUCGUCAUCAAGGAUAUAUUCCGGAAAUAUCCCGGAUAUGAGGGGAUUAUCCCUAAGCUUUGUGAAAGUUUGGAUGAACUUGACGAGCCAAAUGCUAGAGGAUCGUUGAUCUGGGUGAUUGGUGAAUACGCCGAAAAAAUUAACAACGCCGAUGAGCUACUACAAACUUUUAUGGAAGGUUUCAAGGACGAAUAUACUCAAGUGCAACUGCAACUGUUAACAGCAGGUGUAAAGCUCUUCUUGAAGAAACCACAAUCUCAAGCAGUCGUUCAACAAAUUCUUCAAAGUGCGACUUCAGAAUGCGACAAUCCGGAUAUCCGAGAUCGAGCAUACGUCUAUUGGCGCUUGCUUUCUAAAGACCCUGAAGUGGCUAAGAGCAUCGUCCUUUCCGACAAACCACCUAUUACCUCUACGAUCCAAUCGCUACCGGUUGGGCUUCUUGAAGAAUUACUCGGGGAGAUAUCGACUUUGGCCUCUGUUUAUCACAAGCCUGCAGCAACUUUUGUUGGGCAAGGAAGCUUUGGGGCCGACGCUGUUCAAAAGAGAGCUAUAGAAGAGCAACUUCAGAACGCCCGCGAAAACCCCAUACAAGCUUCUGCAGCCGCCAAAGGGCAAAACAUGGAAAACCUACUUGACAUUGACUUUGAUGGAGCAGCACCCGCAAGUGCAUCUACUCAAACGCCUCAACCAGGAGGCCUAGAAUCGCUCGUUAUAGACUCUCCCGCUCGUGUGGCUUCACCAACAUCACCUACCAGUGGCACGGGUAAUAAUCUGGACGACCUUCUCAGUUUAUUCGGUACGGAAUCCGUAGCACCUGCAAACGGCAGCACAAAUAGUGGAGUAUUGGCUGGACUCGAAGGAUUAGGCCUCGGUUCCCAAGCAGCAUCACAACCACAACUACAGAAGAAAGCAAACGAGGAUAUCCUAGGCCUGUUCUGAUUAAGGGAAUAGGGGGUUUGUGUUGAUAGAAUUCAGAAUUUGAUGACAAGGCGAUAUCUGUGUGCACCGGAGACUAGAAGUCUACGUUUAACCCUAAUUAAUUUCUUAUGCUGUACAUUCUUGUCUGUAAUUUCCUAGGCUAUCAUAAAUAAGAAAAAUGUUAGAUG